AUGUCCUCGGUCCUAAAUAUAGCCUCCGUGUGGGGCCUUAAAGGGCACGGAGCAGUUUUGGAGGCCACGGGGAGCCUUACUGCCUCAGCAAGUGCUGGCCACCCCGGGGGGCUCCGGCCUCCCUGGCUGGGGAGCGGCUACCAUGCCUACUCUUCAGGGGCCCUAUGUCCUCCAGUGUCAUCCCAGCCAGAGUUGAAGGUUUUAGUUCACAUCCCAAAGCAGAGACUGGGUCUGGUCAAAAGAGGCUCCCACCGGGAGGAAAGCCUGAGCCGAAAAUUCCUCUGAGUCCAGCAGUCCUGUACCUUCACGGUGACUGAAAACAGGGGCUUGGUGGUGGUCAGCAUCCCCGCGGCUGGGAUGCUCCGGGUCCAGCAAUGCCAGGAGCCCCAAGGAGCCCUGGGAACACAGGCUUUUAGGGUGGUCCUGAGCCUGGAAUUUGCCGAGAUGGCUUCCCCCCUCUGGACGGUGGAGAGCUUCUUCCAGUGUGUGGGCAAUGGAGUGGAGUUGUCUGCCUCAACUGCCACAUUGAGGCCCACUCCCUCCCUACUACCCCCAGGACCGGAGACCCCUCCAGCAAAAAUGCCAUUUGCUGCCUCUUCCCAGAAGGGGCUUGGACCACUCCUGCAAAUGGCUAAACCUGUGGAGGAAGCUGGGAAACGAUUGGCUCCCUUUCCCCCUUUCCCAGAGGAUCGGCGUGGCCCCUAG